GCGGCAGCAUUCUUCGAUGUUUGUAAUAAAUUAAAUGCCUGAUAAGCAUACAAUAAAUUUUAGUUCACAAUAGGAACGUGUGAUUAGUAUUUCCGGUGAAGCGUUCAGCUGGUAUUUUUACAAAUCACAGAGUACGCUGCGCUUCGCUGCUUCAUUUGCCGGCUGAUUAUAACUUUCAUUAACAACUCGAUUGGGUGUUAAUCAUGGCGGUCAGUACCACGGAUCCUAAUUUAAAAGCGACAUUCGGUCAUCUUCCCGAGGAAGAUGCAAAAGAAAUCGAGGAAGUGUACCGGUCAGGUGGAGCAGCCGGCUUCGCUAAGUUAUUACAGGACCGCAAUGAUCGCUGGAAGACUGUUCCACUGAAUAUUGCCGUUAUCGGCCAAAGUGGCGCGGGGAAGUCUAGCUACAUUAACUGCAGCCGUAACAUUACAGCGGAGGACGAAGGAGGCGCAGCCGUCGGGAUCACGGAGACAACAUCGGCUAUCAAAUCCUACGCACAUCCAGACAAUCACCUGCUGUUGUACUGGGAGCUGCCGGGCGUGGGCACCCCUAAUUUUCCACGAGGGACCUAUCUGGAAAAGAUCAAUUUCACCCGCUACGAUUUCUAUUUACUACUGUCCAGCACCCGCUUCUCAGAUAAUGACCUGUGGUUAGGCGAAGAAAUCAAGAAACAUGGCAAGAAAUUUUUCUUCGUGCGGACCAAGAGCGGCAUCGAUGUAAAAAACCAGCGCAAAUCGCAUCCUAAAGGAUCCAAGGACAGGUCGGACGAUGAUAUUCUUCAGCAAGUCCGAAACGACAUUAUUGCCAAGUUAAAUUUGGAGCCAGCACAGAGGGAUUAUGUCUUUUUAAUUGACAGCUACAAGAAGGAGAAAUUCGAGUUCUGGAAACUGCAGGAUAGACUUCUGAGUGCUCUGCCGGAAUUAAAACGAGAAGCGUUCUUAUACUCUUUGAGUCCCAUGGGUAUGCUGAGCAAGAAAAUCCUUCAAGAAAAGGUGGAAAGCCUUAAAAAUCGCAUAUGGAUGAUCGCUCUAACUUCUGGUAUAACUGGUUUAAUCCCUAUACCGGGAGCAUCAGCUGCAAUUGACUUAACCCUGGUUUUUACCGAGUGUUCAUUCUACAAACACCAGCUGGGACUGGACCCAGCAUCACUGGCCGCAACAGCCGCGUCUCAUGGAGUAGAUGUCCACCUGUUGGAGAAAGCAGUGGCUUCCUGCCUGCCGAGCCUGGUAACAAAAGAUCUCAUAUUUUCUCUUUGUAAAGAACUGGCGUACCAAACAUCUGGGCAAAUUGUGGAAGAGGCACUGAAAUUUAUCCCGAUUAUCGGAUCACUGAUUGCUGCACCGAUUUCGUAUCUGUUGACGCGCCAAGCCUUGUAUACCAUUCUGGAUAAAAUGGACAAUGCCGCUAACCAAGUUAUUGACAUUUGUGUUAGCACGGUCCACCGGAAGGCGCUCGAGGAGACGCGCAAAGAUUGUGAAGAACUUAGAAAUAAGAAGCCGGCUUCGGGAGAGAAAUAACGAAAUUAAGAGAGCGUAAUGCCAUAACACAUUCUUAGCUAUGAUCGCUAAAAUAAAACUGCGGUCCAUCAAUCACAUCGUAUAUGACUCCAGUAUAAAAAAGCAACAUAAAUAUACUAGUACGACUAUUCUUGUCGUUGUCAAAUAAAGCUGCAUGUUAACGGCUUGUAGCGAAACCAAAAUAACCUAAGCUUAUUAUCAGUAUCUAAAGUUCAUACUUCAUUCACCUAUUAACAGUGUUGCAGUUAUUAUAAUAAAAUGUGUAAUGAUUGCAUAACUAUCAUAAAAAUAAAACAUCCUAA